CCGCAAACGUCACGUGAUGUCUACUUCCGCCUUGAAGCGUGUGGUCGCGCCGCGCACACGCGCACACUGACAAGAGGCCGUCAGACUUCAUUGCUGUAGCUGGAGAAGGAGAUGCUUUGAGGCCGAGCUUUUAUUCAUUGUCGUCGCCCCCCGUCCCACCGCCUCCGUCAACACCAUGAACCCCGGUGGACGUCCGCCGCCAAAGGCCGGCGUGGAGAGGAACCCUGCGGAUCCUUCGCCGGGGAAGAGAACUUCUCUGUGGUACCGACGCUCACUGCGGGGAAGCAACGACCAGCAGAGACAGCGGUACAACUGUGACUCUCUGCCCAGGACGGUGAAGCCCAAACACCUCCUUGUUGACUACUCGGAUCCACAACGAAGCACAGUUGUCCUGGAAAAGGAAGACAAUGGAACAUUUGGGUUUGAAGUUCAGACCCAUGGCCUGCAGCUGCGGAGCAGCUCUGCAGUGGAGGUGUGCACGUUUGUGAGCAGGGUGGAAGACAGCAGUGCUGCAGAGAGCGCCGGCCUAACUGCAGGAGAUGUUAUCAUCAGCAUCAACGGGGCCAGCAUUGAAGGAUGCUCUCAUCAGCACAUUCUCGAUCUAAUAGGAGGAUCAACCAACAGAUUAAAGAUGGAGACCGUGUGCGGGAGUGUGGUGAAGUGGAUUGAGCUGGAGAAGAGGGUGAAAAUGCUGAAGCAAUCAUUGCGUGAGAAACUGGUGGAGCUGCAAGCGCUUACGUUACAGGAACAACGCCUAAUUCACGGUCACCCGAAAGAAAACGGCCUCUCAACCGAUUCCUCCGAAGUUGCCAGCUCCCCCAGAGUCCCCCUCAGCCUCCGCUUCUCCAGCGACAGCAGCUGCAGGAGCGGGCUGACAGACGACAGCGACCAAGGCAGCGUCUUCGGCGACCCGAGCUCGCCCGGCCCCUGCAGCGCAGCCAGCGGCACCCAGGAGGAGCACUUCUUCUCGCGGAGGUUCUCCUUAACCACCGGCAACCAUCUGCAACACAUCGCCGGCCAUUCCAGCAGCUCCAGCCUGGCCAGCAGCAGCAACAGCAGCAUCAGCUCCCAGUCGCCAACGUGGAACGAAAGCAGGAUCUCCUCUUUAUUCGGCACCCUGCCCAGGAGAGGCAAACGGACCAACGUUCGGAAAAACAUCCUUAAGUUGAUUCCCGGAUUGCAACAUCGAUCAGUUGAAGAAGAGGAGCCUUAAAGGGGGCUCAAAGUCUGUUUUCUGGACGUUAUUACAUGUUACAUGUGGAGGACGUGUCAUCACAGUAUGUACACAUACUGCCUUCUAAAGACAGUUUCUGUGAGACUGGUGGCAAGGAGUUGCGUGCAUUUGUUGUUUCUUGACAAAAGUGACAUCGCCAUCUACUGGGCCGGCAUGCACAUUACAUCGUCAUGCAUUGACAUGAUCCACGCCAGGCACUCGCCACGUUAGUGAAGUUUUGCCAAGUUGUUGUUACAAAUACGUUCCUUUUGAAUCGGGGGGCGUAACUCGGUCGGUAGAGUGGCCGUGCCAGCAACUUGAGGGUUCCUGGUUCGAUCCCCGCUUCCGCCAUCCUAGUCGCUGCUGUUGUGUCCUUGGGAAAGGCACUUUACCCACCUGCUCCCAGUGCCACCCACACUGGUUUAAAUGUAACUUAGAUAUUGGGUUUCACUCUGUAAAGCACUUUGAGUUACUAGACAAAAAGCGCUAUAUAAAUACAAUUCACUUGAAUGUGCACCGAAUAUAACGUCACGUGUUAAAUAUUUGUAAAAUAUCAUGCGAGCUUGAGUGCUUGAAAUAAAACAUUUCCUGCCCGUGACAGAUAGUGAGCGCUGGAUGCAGUCUGAGGUUGUGUUCACAACCUGCAUGUUAUUUAUAAC